AUGAGCGGGUCUUUGUACACGGCGGGCGGCAAGCGAAAAAGCUUCAACAACGAUGGCAGCCGUCGUCUAGCAGGCUCAGGCGGAGCUAACAACACGGGCAAAGAAGAGAAUAAAAAAGUUGAUAGCAAUCAGACGAAGCUAAAAUUCAAACCGGUGAAACCUCCUACAACUGGGAAUGACAACGUUGCUACUACUAAAAGCGUGGAUACCCCCGAUGGAAUU